AUGCCGGACUCUCAGGCUCGCCGCAAGGCGGCCUCGGGAGGAACUAUCUCUUCGUGCCCGGUUAACCCCAGCGCGGCGAGCUCAGAUCCGCCCUUUUCUCCUUCUUCUCGCUCUCCACUGCAUGCAUAUCGGCCUUCAGAUCCAGGACGGGAUGAUGCCGAAGAAGGACCGCUGUUGGUGGCUUCGACUCGUCAUUUUUCGCGUGCUGACGCGUUUCGGAGGAGAGAUCACGAGGCCUUGCAGCCUCUUCAGUCGAUCUUUCCGUUUCUGCGCUCCAGCUCCAGAAAGAUCUCUCUCUCUACAGGGAACCGUGACUGGGCUUGUUGGGACGAGCCGGAGAGGAAAGGUCGGCGUGUCUCGCGGGGCGGGGUUUAUCUGUUCCUUCUGGUUCUCUCCUGCGCCCUUGCCUCUUUCUUCCUCUCUUCCCUCGUCGACCUCGACCAAGAGGACACACGCUCCGCUGUUUCGCGCAUCCCCUUCGCGCUCUCUUCUCUCUUUGUCUCUCCCUUUUCGCUCGUCUCCUUUCUUUUCGCAACUGAAGAGGCCGAGCAAGACGCAGUCGCCGAAGCGGUGUCGCUGAAACAGCUCGCCGCGCUGGCGUCUUCUUCCCCGCCCCCGUCUGUCGAGAACUUUGGCCGAAUCUCAGCUCCACCUCUUCUUCUCCUCGCCUCCGAUGCGGAUGCCUUUCACCCCACGUUCUUCUCAGGGCUGUCGGAUAUGUCCGCUGCGCAUGCGUCGUUCUCAGAGCAGCAAGCCGAACGCGAAGAGGCGCGCGAAAUCGCAAGAGAACGCGACGCCGCCUCGCCCUUGACCUGUGUGAAGCUGAGGCCGUUCCUGUCUCCGCCCUCCGGGACGCACACGGUGUCCUCGCUCGGCGACUCCCUCCUCGCGCUCCUCGAAGGAGACGAUCGGGCCUUCUCUCCUCGGGACUCGCCAGCGCCGGGAAAGAGCGAGAGCUUCGUGGGCUUUCUCGACAAAGUGAAGAACCGCGUCUCGUCUCUUCUGGAAGAGGAGGCGCCGUGGACCGUUGAGAGGGAAGAGCUGCGGGGAGGCCAGUCGCAGGAGAGCGCAGAGAAGGGCGCGGAGACCCGCGAAGGGAUUCCCGCUUGGGGAAGAUCCUUGCGGCGUCCGAACCCGUCUCUGUUCCUCCCCAACUGGCGAGUCGCCGUCUCUCGAAGAACUCCCGUAGCGCUCCCCUCGCUCGCCUCUGGCCAGGCGUCCAGCGAGGGCCUCCGCCGGCACCUCUGUGUCGCCUACGACCGCGAGUACGGCGUCCGGUUCGUCGCGCUCUUGAGUGCUCUCGCCUCGCCUGUCACCGAGGCAAAAGAAGAGGAAGCGACAGAGAGAGAAGCCGAUGCUUCCGAGAACCGCGCGCGAGGAAAACAGAGACGGCUCACAGAAGACGAAUGCGGCGACCGCGUGUCGCUCUACGAUGGAUGCUCCUCUCUCCCGAUCUACCACAGUGAUGCUUCUUCUUUCUCUUCUUUUGAUAAGAUUGCGAAGAGAAGGCAGACGCUCGCGCACAUGUACUGGGGCGGCGCAGAGCCUUUGACUGGCAAGGAGUUGUGGGCCAUCGACAGUUUCUUCGCCGCCGCUCCUGACAGGACUCUACGGCUGCAUGUCCUCCUGCCCGUCGUUGAGGAUGAAGACGUCGUCUGGGACCGCGGCGAAGCCUUCGGCUCCAGUCUGCAGGCCGAGGAGGCCAGUGGAAAUGCGAGAACUAACCAUGGGUGGGACGGAAUGUUCUUUGCCUCCUGGGGAAGAAGGCAGAGAGAUGCGACGAGGAAACUCACGGAGCAAGCGCGAGGUCUACAUCUCUCGCAGCUCCAACUUUUCUGGAGGAAAGGCUACGACCUCCAGUAUGUCCAGCAUGUCUCCCUAAAGCCCUACCUCAAAGGGACGCCGCUCGCUGCGCACGCGUCGGCUCUCCGGCUGUCGUCGCUGGCAAACCACAGCGCGCUGUUUGGGCUGCUGCGACACUCGCGGCAGGCGACCGUUGCGGAUAUUCUCCGCGCGCUCUUCCUCUUCAGAGAGGGCGGCCUGUACCUCGACGCGGACAUGAUCACGCUCCGGUCCUUCGCCUCCUUGCCGUCUUUCCUGGUGUGCGAGAACCAAAGCUUUGAACGCAGAGAGACGCCGCUCGCGCGAGGAGACACGGCAGGUGGACAGGCUCGGGAAGAGAGAAGAAAGUGCCUGAAGCAGCGCAGGCGAGACCAGACGGUCUUUCGGCCGUGUGCGCUGACGAACCGCGUGUUCAAAUUCGAAGGGACAAGGCACCUGUUUCUGCGUGACAUCCUCCACUACAUCGCCAAAAAGCUUGCGUCCGCGUCCGUGGGGCAACUGGCCGUGAGCAAAGGGGGGUUGUUAGGUCCCCUCGCUUUUCGGGAGAUCUUGUACUCCCGGUGGGUGGCCCCGGGCGCAGCCGGCGUGGCCCAGGAGCGAGAAAAAGAGGAGGCUGAGGCGCGCGAGCAGCACGCGAGCGGAUCGAGCAGCCGCGGAGGAAGCGCCGCGCCAACACACGACGCCUGGUACGUCCUUCGCUUCGCAAAUUCGCCGCCGACACCCCCCGCAGCCUCGCCCGCCCUGCUGGAGACGCGACGGGGUACCGGCGAGGCCGAGCAGCCUCGAGGUCUCGGCGAAGGCGCAGAGGACGAAGAACGUUUCACGCCGUUUGUGCGGCCUCUGUGGUUGUUUGGGCCUCUGGCCUUCGAGCCGCUCCAACCCGCGCCGCGAAAGGGACGGUUCCCGGUUCUCGAAAGCGACGUCUUCUGGCGAGAGGAGGGGCAGUCAGAAGGCUUUUCCGAGCUCCGCACGCUCGGGAAAACUGGGCCUUUCUACGGCAUGCACUUGUACGCCAAGAUGCUCCUCACGCGCCGGCCCGAAGGCUUCCUCGCCUCGCUCACGGACGCGCCCUACUCCGUUAUCGGCGUCCUCCAGAAGACGCUCUGCACGUCGUACUGCGGCGAAGAGAUGCUGCGAAUCUUUGCAGGCGAGGAAGCGCGACAGUGGAUCCCCGAUUCCGUCCUCGACAAAAUCAAAGCUGCUCUCUCGUGGCUCUAA